AUGGAGGAGCUGAUGAGGCAGACAUCAGCAUUCUCCAACAGUUCAUCUGAAGUGUCUGAGCUGGAGGAGCUGAGCAGGAACACACAAGCUCUGCAGAGUCAACUAAACUCUCUGGAGGAGAAACUGAACUCAUCUGCUGAGAGAAACGAGCUCCGCUUCAUACGAGAUCAGGUAUCAGAGAUCAGCAGCAGACUGAACAGCAGCGAACUUCACCUGGAGGAGCUGAAGAGAAAAUCUGCAGUUCAGGCUGAUACAGUGAAGCAGCUGCAGGUCAGACUUGACUCUGCUGAGAGUCAAAUACAGCAGCUACAGACUGACAGGAAAGAUCAAAACGACAAACUAAAGACGCUGCAGAGAAAACUGAACACGACUGAGAGUCUGCUGGACAAAAUGAACGCAGAGUUGGAGGUCAGACUGAGUGUCAAUGAGACACAGCUGGAAGAUCUGAAGACAGAAAAUACAGAAUUGGCGGUCAGGCUGGGUGUCAGUGAAAAACAGCUCGAAGAUCUAAGGACAGAAAACACGGAGUUUGAGGUCAGACUGAGUGUCAGUGAGAAACAGCUGGAGGAUCUGAAGACAGAAAACACAGAGUUAGAGGUCAAACUGAGUGUCGAUGAGAAACAGCUGGAAGAUCUGCAGAGAGAAAACACAGCUCAUUCUGUUCAGCUUUCCCUGAUGGAGUCCAGACUGACAGCCAGUCACAACAACAGUACAGCUCUGGAGGUCGGCCUAAAAUCCACUGAGACACAGCUAAAACAACUGGAGAAUCACAGUGCAGCUCUGGAGGUCAGACUGAGCGUCAGUGAGAAACAACUGGAAGAUCUGAAGACAGACAACACAGAGUUGGAGGCCAGACUUAAUGUCAGUGAGAAACAGCUGAAAGAUCUGAAGACAGAAAACACAGAGUUGGAGGUCAGACUGAGUGUCAGUGAGAAACAACUGGAAGAUCUGAAGACAGAAAACACAGAGCUGGAGGUCAGACUGAGUGUCAGUGAGAAACAGCUGGGAAAUCUGAACACAGAAAACACAGUUCAGUCUGCUCAACUUUCCUUGAUGAAGUCCAGACUGACAGACAGUCACAACAACACUACAGCUUUGGAGGUCAGACUGAGAUCCACCGAGACACAGCUGCAACAGCUGGAGAAUCACAGUGCAGCCCUGGAGGUCAGACUGGGCGACAGUGAGAAACAACUGGAAGAUCUGAAGGCAGAAGACACAGUUCAGUCUGCUCAACUUUCCUUGAUGAAGUCCAGACUGGCAGACAGUCACAACAACACUACAGCUUUGGAGGUCAGACUGAGAUCCACCGAGACACAGCUGCAACAGCUGGAGAAUCACAGUGCAGCUCUGGAGGUCAGACUGGGCGACAGUGAGAAUCAACUGGAAUAUCUGAAGACAGAAGACACAGCUCAAUCUGUCCAACUUUCCUUGAUGCAAUCCGGAUUGACAGACAGCCACAACAACACUGCAGCUUUGGAGGUCAGACUAAGAUCCACUGAGACACAGCUGGAGAAUCACAGUGCAGCUCUGGAGGUCAGACUGAGCGACAGUGAGAAACAACUGGAAGAUCUGAAGACAGAAAACACAGUUCAGUCUGUCCAGCUGUCCUUAAUGAAGUCCAGACUGAAAGACAGCCACAACAACACUACAGCUCUGGAGGUCAGACUGAGAUCCACUGAGACACAGCUGGAACAGCUGGAGGAUCACACUGCAGUCCAUGCAGCCAAGCUGUCAGCUGUCAGUCUGAGACUGGAUGUCACUGAGGGACAGGUGGACAGAUUGAGGACAGAAAACACAGACAGACUGACAGCAGCUGAGAGAAACACUGAAGAGUUGCAGGUCCAGCUGAGAGUCACUGAGGCUGCAGUGAAUGAGCUGAAGACACAGAACAAAGCUCUGCUGACACAAAUCAACUCCAGACUGGAAGCUGCUGAGAACCUUGACUCAGCGCUGCAGUUCAGACUGAAUGCCACUGAAAACCAGCUGAAGAGACAAAUCGAAGAUAUACAGAUCAAACUGAGAGUCAGAGACGAUUUGAUCCACGAGCUGCAGAGUAACUUUACAGCUCACAGCUUUGAUCUAUCGACUUUGAGAACUCAAACUAAAGAUCUAGAGAGACAACUGAGUGAUGCUGACCGCCUGAUGAUGAAGUUACAGACUGAAAGUUCAGUUCAGUCCGUUCAACUUUCCUCGAUGGAGUCCAGACUGACAGACAGCCACAACAACACUACAGAGUUGGAGGUCAGACUAAGUGUCAGUGAGAAACAGCUGGAAGAUCUGAAGACAGAAAACACAGUUCAGUCUGUUCAACUUUCCUUGAUGGAGUCCAGACUGACAGACAGUCACAACAACACUACAGCUCUGGAGGUCAGACUGAGAUCCACUGAGACAUGGCUGGAACAACUGAAGGGUCACAGUGCAGAGUUGGAGGUCAGACUGAGUGUCAGUGAGAAACAGCUGGAGGAUCUGAAGACAGAAAAAACAGUUCACUCUGUCCAAAUUACCUUGAUGGAGUCCAGACUGACAGACAGUCACAACAACAGUACAGCUCUGGAGGUCAGACAGAGAUCCACUGAGACACAGCUGGAACAACUGGAGAAUCACAGUGCAGAGUUGGAGGGCAGACUGAGUGUCAGUGAGAAACAGCUGGAAGAUCUGAAGACAGAAAGCACAGUUUUGAGCUUCAGAAUUAAUGAAACUGCGGAUCGUCUGCAGCAACUCAAAAACACAGACUCAGAUGACCUGAAGGUGGCGUUCUCAGCUGGUCUGACUGAUUCAGGAUCAGUCGGACCGUUCAAUGAGGAGAGGACCCUUAUCUUCUCCAAAACCAUCACCAACAUCGGCCAAGCCUACAACCAGACUGCAGGCGUGUUCAUAGCUCCUGUCAGAGGACUUUACUUCUUCAGCUUCACGGCUGCAGAUUACCUGAAGGGUUACAUGGGAGUCUACCUGUACAGGAACAACCAGCCAAUCCUCUUCAACCUGGACCUGAACGACCACGGCGGCUAUGCCUCUACGUCCAACGGCGUGGCUCUGCAGCUGGAGCAGGGUGACAAGGUCCGCCUCAGUCUUCCGGCCAGCUACCGGCUCUAUGACGACUCCCGAAACUUCAGCGUGUUCUCGGGCUUCCUGCUGUUCCCCCUCUGACAGGACAGACCCAGGAUCAGGGUACGAGGAGACGUCCUCUCAGCAAACUAUCCUUUAAGGUAUCAGGCUGGAAACUAGAGACUGGACUUUUGUUUUGGUAGGGUGAGAG